AUGUCUAUCGCCACCCGCAGAGCUUCCAUGACGCCAUCUUCGCCAGCUCUUUCACGUCGAUCAUCCUGGGUCGAUCCACCUGCGCAAAGCGCCCUCUCCUCGCGUCGUGGUUCGCGAGUCGAUCUUACUAUUCAGACGUCGCUCGCUAACGGAGCUUCGUCGUCUGAGUCAUUCGCUACGGCCUCUCCGGACGCCAAGCUCGCCAUGAAUCAGCUUCUCACCGGCCUCUCGAACGUUUCGCAGUCCCGAGAUAACGUCGGAAUGUCGUCGCCAACAGGAUCACAUUCGCCAACUCUCGGCGACUCGCCCGGUCCCAAGCGCAAGUUCGAGCAGGACGCCGAUCCGUCGACGGCCUACAGGGUUGCUUCGGCGAACGAGAUUCGCCUGCCGACCGAUCCGCUGCGCCGAGCCAGCAUCAUCAACUUGGCAACCGCCGCUGCAGCAGCGGUUCUGCAAAGCCAGGCGGGGCAGCGCCGCAUGUCGACCCACCCAGAGCAAGAACAGCACAAGCGUCAGCGUGUUGAACAGCUCGGUAUGCUCAUCGAGCAAGCACGCAAAGCAAGCGUCACCAGCAUGAGCCACGAUAUGUCGCGCCACGUCGAAGCCGCAUCGCAAAAUGUUGCCAUCGCCACGGUGUUAGCCAACCAUCUUGGCCUGACGCCUCCAUCAUCGGCUACCUCGACCCCAUCAGCGGGCACACCUGCCCCCGCUUCCCCCACCAAGCCGCACGCAUCGUCGACACUGUUGGUUCCUCACACACCUACCACGCCAAGGAGUCCUCUGUCGGCUGCUCCUCUCACUGCCCCUCAGAACGCCGACGAUCAGCCUGCGUCGCGAGCUGUCGCCGGUUCCUCGGCAGGGCCGUCAAUGGAUCCUGGGCAAUCUUCUCGGCGGAUGCCUCUCGUGGCUUCGCCGACAAGCACACCAUCCAUCACUCUCAACAAUGGUACCCAGUCGGUCUCAGCGACUGGUUCGAGCAAACUCCUCGUCGAACCUCUGCGUCCUCCUUCGCCCCCCGAUUCGGGUCACUCGCUGUUCGAGGAGGCCAAAGAGGCUGCUCACACUUACAGUCGCUUUUACAGAUUCGAGAAAGAGUGGGCGCAAAAGGCUCUCGAGCUCGAACGUCGUCGGAGCUCGGUCCGCAUCGAUCCGCUCUUCAACCCCAACCCAACCUUGAGUCCAAUGACAGCAGAGACCACCGGCGGUAAGGAUCGUAUGGCACCAACGUCACCGCAGCAGCAAUCGGCCCCCGAAUCGCGCAUCAUGUCGAGACGAGGUUCGCCCUUUGGCGAAUCGCCUUCGAUGCCAUCGGCAAAGACAUCAAACAGCGUCUCCGGCGGAUCCUUUUCCUCGUCACAUCGCGGCUCAUCGAGCGGACUGGCGAAUGUGCUUUCCAAUUUCGCUGAGCUGAUCGAACAUCGUCAGCGUUCGUGCUCCGGAUUGGAGGCUCUUGCCAAGCAAGCGAAGGAGUUGCCCGUCAAGCGUCUGAGUCAGCCGAAUCCUCAAUUCCGCACCACCUUUGGCGAUUUUUCGUGGGCCAAAGCGCCGCGCAGCGCAACCUAUCCAACGACCAACUCUUCGUCGGCAGCACCGGCGCCCUUUGCAGCAACACCGUUGCGCGCCACGCCGCAGACCAUCAAGGAAGCUGAAGCCGAUUCGAACGCUCCACAAAGCGGAGACAGGGAUGAGGCGGCAGCAGCAUCAGCAGCAUCAGCAGCAUCAGCAGACGCUGCCGCGACUCGUCCAGCCCAUCCCCGAGUUCAAUCGACAAAAGGAGAGUCGGCGGCGAAGGAGUCGGAGGCAGAUGCCCCGGCUACACCGCGUUCCAGCAUGAGCAUCGCCAGCAUGCUGUGA